UGAAAACUCCGCACCAUAUAAAUCUCUAAACAGACACGACCUUAAUGCGCACUCAAUUCUCUCUCUUCCGACGCAUCCCCACUUUAAAGUCGAACAUCCAACAACACCACCACCACCCCCAUCACUCUCGCCACCACCAUCACUCUCUCUCCACCAUGACUUCUUCCCUAAUUCUCCCUUCAGUCACCCUGAAAAAAACUCCAUUAAACUGCUCUCAGUCACUUAAAACCCAUAAUUUUUCAAGCUUUGUUGGGUUUAAAAAUGGCGGCAUUCUACAAAUUAAGCCCCGAAAUGAUGGAGCUAGAGUUUUUAUGAGCGUUUCUGCUAGAUCCCCUUCUCAAACUGCUGUUAAUGACGCUUUGUUCUCUGAUUAUAAGCCUUCUUCCGCUUUUCUCUUUCCCGGACAGGGAGCUCAAGCAGUAGGAAUGGGAGCAGAGGCACAGAAUGUGCCUGCAGCUGCUGCCUUGUUUAAGAAAGCUAAUGACAUUCUAGGCUUUGAUCUCUUGGAGAUUUGCACCAAUGGACCAAAGGAAAAGCUUAAUUCAACUGUCCUAAGUCAGCCAGCUAUUUAUGUUACGAGUUUAGCUGCUGUUGAGAUAUUGCGCGCUCGUGAGGGAGGCCAACAGAUAAUUGAUUCUGUGGAUGUGACAUGUGGUUUAAGUUUAGGAGAAUACACAGCUCUCGCGUUUGCUGGAGCUUUCAGCUUCGAGGACGGGCUUAAGCUGGUUAAGCUAAGGGGUGAAGCUAUGCAGGCAGCCUCUGAUGCUGCACAAAGUGCAAUGGUUAGUGUCAUUGGCCUGGAUGCUGAGAAGGUUCAAAGCCUUUGUGAUGCUGCAAACGAAGAAGUUUCAGAAGACGAGAGGGUUCAGAUUGCAAAUUUUCUUUGCCCGGGAAACUAUGCAGUAUCUGGAGGUGUAAAAGGAAUUGAGGCAGUAGAAGCCAAGGCAAAAUCCUUCAAGGCUCGGAUGACGGUGCGAUUGGCAGUGGCUGGUGCUUUCCACACCAGAUUCAUGGAACCAGCAGUUUCUAGAUUAGAAGCUGCACUUGCAACUACACAGAUCAGGACACCACGGAUUCCUGUCAUAUCAAAUGUCGAUGUGCAGGCUCAUGCAGACCCUGAUACGAUUAAGAAGAUAUUGGCACAACAGGUGACAUCUCCUGUUCAAUGGGAAACAACAUUGAAAACUCUUCUAGACAAAGGCUUGAAUAAGAGCUACGAAUUGGGACCUGGAAAGGUCAUUGCAGGCAUCAUGAAGAGAAUCAACAAAGCUGCCGAGAUUGAGAACAUCAGUGCAUGAAAGAAAUGAAGCAUCACGUAAAAUACUUUGUACCAGUCUUAGGCUUAGACACAUUUGCGAGAGUAGAUUGCUAUUUUUUUUUUGAGCCAAUUAAGAUUUAGUUUUAACCUGUUGUAAACUUGUAAUAAACAAUUAUUCGUGUUUGGAAUGCAAUAAUAAUAUAUGGGAGAGUUAAAAUUA